AUGCCUUCUUCGACGAGUUGCGCAGGGCGACCCGUCUGGAACGGCAUCGACUGGGAUGUGUGCUUCCAGCAACGCGUCCUCAACUCAUCAAUACCCAUUGCACUCAUCUUGCUCUCCUUUCUCACCCUCGUCUUGCAUCAGCUGCGCAGACGUCGCGCCCUCACCGCCUCGGCUGAGCAGGUAGCAAGUCUCGACCCAGCAGCUUCCUCCUUUUCGGCCGUCGCUCACGCCUCCUCCGCGCAGCAACACUCCACUCCUGCGCGUCCAGCUGCUUCACGGCGCUCCACCUCUUCUCGCGGCGGCCUCAUCGGUCUACCUCGACGCAUCUUGAACACCAUCUUGCCCUGGAACUCCUCGCGCAUCCUUCGCAGCAAUAGCGUCUCGUCCGCCUACUCGUCUGCGUUGCCGUUUGGCUCUUCCAAUGGUGCCGCCAAGCCCUCGUCGUCAGCCGCUGCAUCUCAGGCAGCGCUCGAGGUCUUCCACACGGAAAAUGCCGUCAUUCUCAACGAAGUCCACCUCACUCCCGCCACCGCCCGCGAUCCAAAGUUCGCUUCUCGCCUCCGUCAGCUCGAAUUGCUGCGUCGCGUCACGGAUGUUCUAGGCUCGGUAUUGCUAGCUGCGCUUCACGCUGGCGACUGGGCCAGCGGCUGGCAUUCGAGAAGCUAUCAAAUCUACUGGGCUCUUCUCUGGUUCUACCUCGCCUCGCUCUCCGCCUACUCGCUCGCCUCCCGUCAUUCCUUCUUCUCGCACAAGGCAGCGCUCAUGUCCGUCUACGUUGUCGUCACCCUCUUCAACCUGCGCACCGCGCUGCUCAAUCACCACGCACAUCCAAAGCUCCAUACCCGUGGAGCCGUCGUGCUGACUGCGAUCGAGCUGCUCGUAGGCUGCAUCGUCCUGGCACCAACCCUCUUCUUCCCUAUGCAGACCGUGCUCCCUCGCGAUUUGCGGGCCAUCUACUCCACAAUGUCGCCCGAGACCCAGCACGGCGUUCCAGGAACUGCCUUCCCCUCGCCACGCCUCUCCAGCGCAGAUGAACUUGCACAGCCUCGCGUCAUCGACGCCAGCACCGAUGCGCCUGCCAACGACCUGAUACCUGCUCCCGAGGAUACCGCUUCCCUCGUCUCUCGUGCCACCUUCGGCUACGUCACCCCAGCCAUCGUCAAGCACUACAGGACGCAGUUCACGCUGGCUGCCAUCCCGGAUCUGCCCGUGGCCGACAAGGCAGCGGCCGUGGUCGCCUGCUUCCGCGCCUAUACCUCUGCCCGAUCGGAUGAAGGUCCGAUCCCGUCCGCUGCUUCGCGCAAAUCAUCCAAGCAGGGCCUGCAUGCCGGUCUUGCACCUUCCACGCGACCUCUGUGGAGACGUCUCUUUGGCCACUUCAAGUGGUUCCUCGCUCUGCAAUUCUUCUGGGCCACGCUCGAGGCUGUCCUGGACCUCGUGCCGCCCUUCUUCCUGCAGAAGAUCCUCGCUUUCAUCGCAGCCAGGGACGAGCAACAACGCAACGGCGACUUUUCGAACGCGCAACCUCUUCACAUUGGUAUACUCUACGCCUUCGGUAUGUUUGUCGGCCAGAUCUUUGCCUCCAUCUCGGCUUCGCGCGCUCUCUUCAUCGGCAGGCGCAUCUGCAUUCGUUUGCGCGCCAUCUUGAUCACCGAGAUCGUGACAAAGACGCUGCGACGCAAGGACAUUGGUAGCACGGGCGACAAGGAUGAUGACAAGGAGCCCGCGGACGACGAACAGGAUCAGGAUGACUCAACCGCCGCCGCCAAGAAGGCGAACGGGGCCAACGCAAAGGGCGGCAAGGACGAUGCAACAUCCAAGCGUGCCACAGAUGGCCAGGUAGUCAACCUCAUCUCGGUUGAUGUGUUCAAGGUGUCCGAAAUUUGCGCGUACCUGCACUUCCUCGCCCCUCGCGCUCCGCUCGUCAUCGGUCUCUGCCUCGUGUAUCUGAUUGUUCUGCUCGGCUGGUCCGCCGUCAUCGGGUUCCUCGUCCUGCUUGCAUCGCUACCCAUCCAGACGCUCGUCUCGCGCUGGUUCGUGAAGCUGCAGAAGCGCCUGCUCGAGACCACCGACAAGCGUCUCAACUUGGCCACCGAGGUGCUCGGCUGCAUCAAGACGGUGAAAUUCUUCGCAUGGGAACGCUCCUUUAACGCACGAAUGGACGAGGCGCGUCAACGCGAGCUUUCGGUGCUCGCCACCCGCUACCUCGCCUGGCUCUGCAAUACGUUUACCUACAUGGGCACGCCUAUGCUAGUCACCUGUGCCACCUUUGGUGCUCACACCAAACUUUUCCACCAGCCGCUCACCGCCGAAAAGGCCUUCACCGCAUUGGCGCUUUUCAACACGCUCCGCAACCCGCUCGAUGCGCUUCCUGACAUGAUCGUGCAGAUCCUCAACUCGCUCGUUUCGGUGCGACGUAUCGACGCCUAUUUGCGUGAGGAGGAGACCAAAAAGUAUCAACAGCUUCUGCGCGAUGAAGACGCCGGCCACCUUGACGGUGUCGACAGCAGCACCACCGACAAUGACGCCAACACGGACGAGGAAGCUCCUGCAAACUCCGCAGCCCCCAAAACCGGGCGCUUGAUUGGCUUCGAGGACGCCAGCUUCACGUACGUCGACGAGGAUAGCGAGGUCGACGACGGCGCCUUCUGCUUGCGCGAGAUUAACCUGCAGUUCCCCGUGGGGAAGCUCAGCAUCGUCGCUGGCCCGGUCGGUUCCGGGAAGACGACUCUGCUCAUGUCGCUGCUCGGCGAGACGCGUCAGCUGACUGGACGCACAUUCAUGCCUUGUCCCGUGGCGCGUGCCACCGCUCCCAUCGACCCUCGGACAGGUCUUAGCGAGUCAGUGGCUUACUGCAGUCAGAGCCCGUGGCUGCUCGGCACGACGCUCAAGGAGAACGUGCUCUUCGGCUCGCCCUACGACGAGCGCCGCUACCGCGCCGUCGUCAAGGCUUGUGCCCUUGAGCCCGAUCUCAAGAUCCUCGAAUACGGCGAUGAGACCGAAGUCGGCGAGAAGGGAACCUCCUUGUCUGGUGGUCAAAAGGCCCGAAUUGCUCUUGCGCGAGCCCUCUACUCGUCGGCCAAGCACGUACUCAUCGAUGACGCCCUCUCGGCGGUUGACAGCCACACCGCAAAGCACCUCUAUCGUCACGCGCUCAAGGGCGCGCUCGCCAAGAAUCGCACCAUCAUCCUCGUCACGCACGCCAUCAGCCUCUGUCUCCCAGGUGCCGCCUUUGCAGUGGCGAUGGACAACGGCAGUGUAGUUGCAGCAGGUACGCCCGACGUGGUCAACGCAACCGGCGUGUUUUCAGAGGAGGGAGAGGCGCUGCAGUCGAGCCUCAAAGCCGGACAAAGCGACGAGCAAGAUCACGAGGAGAUGACGAUCGAAGAGCUGGCCGCCGGCGGUAGCGACGAAGCGGAGCGCGAAGAAAUGGCCAAGAAGCUGGAGAAGAAAAAGGUUCACACCAACGAGGAGACCUACAGCUCCGGGUCCGUCGGGACCAAAAACUACAGCCUCUACCUGGGCUCCGUAGCUAGCAAGGCGCGGUAUGCGGUGCUGCUGUGGGGCUCGCUCUUGCUGUUCUUCUUUGCUGUGCGUCUUCUCGACAUCGGCUCCGGCGCUUGGCUUAUGCGUUGGGCACGAUCGCACGACUAUCGCGAGGAGGCGACCGGUAUCCGCUUGGCAGCUGUCGGAGCGCCCGCACAGCAGCGUCCGGUCCGCUCUGCCUCAGAGCAGAUUCAGACGUUCAUGACGACUCCAUUGAUCGACACGAUCUGGACCAACCGGCCGACGUUGCUGGGCAAUCUGCGCCUAGAUGACCUCUUGCAUCGAUUGCCGGAUUCUUUCGCGACGACCAAACCGCUGCAGGACGGUGAUACUGUCACCGGGAAUGUACCGAUCGAUGUCUUCUCUGCGGCCGAUGGGCUCGGUGGACAGCACGUGCUUUCAUUGGAUACACACAACAGCAGUCAUUUGUCCAAGAGGCGAGUGGGCGGCGCAUUCAACCCUCUGGCCACCCACGAACGACGUCGAAGCAGCGAAGAUCUCGACACGUACUACCUCAGCGUCUACCUGGCCAUCUCGCUCGGCUUCAUGAUCAUGGCCGUGCUGCGAGAUGGGUACGAAUUCUUCAUCUCGCUCCGAGCCUCCCGCCGAAUCUAUCGACGACUCACGGAUGCCAUCCUGAAUGCCAGGCCGCAGUUCUUCGACCGCACGCCGGUGGGACGCAUCAUGAACCGACUCUCCAAGGACGUCGAGACGGUGGACCAGGAGAUGGCGGUGUGCAUGCUCUUCUUGCUCGAGUGCACGCUCACUGCGACCGCGAUCUUGGUGCUGAUCUGCUGGGCCACGCCGAUCUUCCUCGUGGUUGCGCUGAUUGUGAUCUGCGUCUACACGGUGAUCGGCGCACUGUAUCUGGUCAGCUCGCGCGAUCUGAAGCGUAUCGAGUCGGUGGAGCGAUCGCCCAUCUACACGGUCGUUGGUGAGGUGCUCAACGGAUGCGUCGUUAUCCGCGCGUACGGCGACGCCGGUCGCUUCACGCGACACUGCCUGCGACUGGUAGACAAGGCCAACCGAGCAUUUUUCUUCCUGUGGUACGAGAACCGAUGGCUGUCGGUGCGUGUCGACAUUGCGGGCGCGUCCGUGGCGUUCCUGUCAGCCGUCUUCCUGCUGCUGCGGACCGACAUCAAGGCGAGCUUGGCUGGGUUUGUGCUUGCGUACGCCAUCACGUUUGUCGAGUCGGUGCUGUGGAUUGUACGCAUGUACACGCAGACCGAGAUCAACAUGAACAGCGUGGAGCGCAUCAGCGAGUAUCUGGAUCUGGAGCCGGAACGUCAGUCGGGUCAGGAGCCUCCAGCAUACUGGCCAAGCAGCGAGGGCAAGAUCGUGAUCAAGGAUUUGGCGGUGCGAUACACGCCCGAGUUCCCUCGUGUGCUGGAUGGCAUCGACCUCGAGUUCGAGCCGCGCGAGAAGGUGGGUAUCGUCGGACGCACAGGAUCGGGCAAGUCGACGCUGGCGCUGUGCUUCUUCCGCUUCCUGGAGGCGGAGCAAGGCUCGAUCGAGAUUGACGGUGUCGACAUUGCGUCGAUCCCGAUCCGCACGCUGCGAGAGAGGCUGACGGUGAUUCCGCAAGACGCGCAGCUGUUCAGCGGUACGGUGCGAUCCAACUUGGAUCCGUUCAACGUGUACGAGGACGGCGAGCUGUGGAUGGCGCUCGAGAGAUGUCGCUUGGCGUCGUUUGCUACGCCGGCGGCUUCGCGAGCCGUGAGCCGUGCACCCAGCCGUCCCGGAUCGCCGGGACCCGACGACGACGGCAAUGCCGAACAAGUCGUGGAUGCGGAGAUGUACAGUCGAACGAACAUCAUCACGUCGCUGGACGCACCCGUCGAGCAAGGUGGACGCAACUUCUCAGCAGGUCAGAAGCAGCUUCUCGCCCUGGCACGUGGACUGCUCAAGCUCCGCGACAGUCGCAUCCUCGUUCUCGACGAGAGCACGGCCAACCUGGACUCGGCGUCGGACGCACAGAUCCAAAAGACGAUCCGACAGGAGAUGGCACCGCAGGCGACGAUCAUCACGAUUGCACACAGGAUCAAGACAAUCGCCGACUACGACAAGAUCGUGGUGCUGGGCAAGGGGAAGGUGAUCGAGUGCGGCUCGCCGCUGUCGCUGAUGGAGGACCAGUCGAGCGUGUUCCACUCGAUGUGCGAGCAGAGCGGAGAGAUGGGCGAGUUGCUUCGCAUCGCCAAAGAGGCGGAUGCGCAAAGGGCGUCGUCCGGCAGCGGCAACGGCAAGGCGAGCACGAGCUGA